ACAAACUCCAUGAAACCUUUGACCCGAAAAGAUCUAUUUGUAAAUACUCGGUAGGCUUGUUUGCUUUCCGAACCGUGGUGGUGUUCGGUGCUCUAGCGUUACUGAUUUGAAAAAAGGGGUUAAGUAGGUGGCAGUGCUCUGAAUCACCGUUUCGUCAAAAGUUUACGUAUCUGGGAAUGGUAUACUUGGAGGUUAAACUGUUCGUUUUGAGGGAGAUACAGCCUCAUGAGGAGUUCUUCUGGUCAUUGAGGAAGAAAUUCGUCGAGAACGUAAAAAACAAAAUAAAACACCUGCAGGAAGCCUUUUCAUUAACUUACACACCCCGUGCUUUGUUUUGUAAGAAAGGAUGGAUCGGAAGAUCAUCGUUUACGAAAGUUUAGUAAUAUUGAGACAAAAAUAAUCCCUGUUCCCAUUUCCCACUCGAUGUACUUACCUGUUGUUUAUUUUUAAAGUAUUUCAAUAAGUGUGUAGUAGUUGAAUCUAGAGCACUGUAGUUAUUUUGAAUGCUGCAAGUAGGUUACACUUUUCCUAUACAUCGUUGUUUGUUGGUGGAAUGAUUAUUCGAUUUUUAAAUUUACAUCGGGUGUAUUUUUAAUCUUGCGGUCUGGCGCUAUAUACCUUCUUGAUCUGUAACAACUUGUUCUGCAAGGAAAAACAACAACAACACAUUUCAAAGGCAAUAUAUCUGCAGGUUCCCUUGGACAUAAUAGAGAAAAUGAAAAUCAGUUUUGAGUCUGAUUCUGGAAGAAGCCAGACAGGAAGCUACCCCCUGUGGUCACUGCUAAUUGAAUCAGCCGGUUGCAAAUACAGCAGCAAAAUGGCAUUUCUGCAAUGGACAUAAUAAACACCAGAGCACAAGACUCUGUGAGAAAUGCUGCCCCCAACUUACGUUCCGGGUUUCCACGAUGAGGAGGCCGUGAGGGCGAUGCGGUACAAUGACCUCGGCACGACGGGCCUCAAGGUGUCCCACCUGGGGUUCGGUAGCGGCCCACUGGGGAUAUAUGGGGAUUACCCUGAGGAGGAUGCGAUUGCGGCAGUGCGGGAGGCGAUCCGGCAGGGCAUCAAUUACAUCGACACGGCACCCUUCUAUGGCCUCGGGAGGUCUGAAGAAGUUCUUGGCAAGGCCCUGAAGGGCAUACCUCGUCAGGCGUACUACAUCGCCACCAAGGUGGGCCGCUACACUAUGGACCCGCGCACCAUGUUUGACUUCUCUGCACAGAAGACAAGGGAGAGCUUCGCGAAGAGCCUCAAACUGCUGCAACUGGACUAUGUGGACAUCAUACAGGUGCACGAUGUGGAGUUUGUUCAGAACCCAGAUGUAAUUAUCCGGGAGACUCUUCCAGUGCUGCAGGAGUUCGUGGCAGUGGGUAAAGCGAGGUUCAUCGGCAUCACGGGGUAUCCUCUCGAGCCGCUCCGAGAGAUCAUCGAGAAGAGUGCCACCGUGAAGGUGGACACAGUGCUGUCGUACACCAGAGACACUCUCGUAGAUGACACACUACAGCGGCAUCUGCCAUUCUUCAAGGAGAAGGGCGUGGGCGUGAUCUGUGCGGCAGGCACAGCGAUGGGCCUCCUGAGCAGUACGGGACCGCAGCCGUGGCACCCUGCGCCCCAGAAGCUGCGGGAUGCGUGCCGGGCGGCAGCAGACUACUGCAAGGAGAGGGGUGUCGAGCUCGCCCGACUGGCAAUGCACCACGCUUUGACGCGCGAGGGGCAGGCGACACACGUCGUCGGAAUCAACAGCACACAAAUACUGCGCUCCAACCUGCAGAUCCUGCGUGAUGGGCUGACUUCUACAGAACAAGAGGUGCUGCGUGACGUCCAAAAGAAGUUCUUCGCUCAGCUGCCGGUGCGCCACUGGGAAGGCUUGGAGCUGACAAUGCUGAGGGAAGAGUGGCGGAAGCUGGGGAUGCUAUGAGUUGCGAGGCCUCGCAUCGUGAAAUGCAGGGCAUUGAAAGCUGUUUGUGUUGCCUCUCUGCUGUCCAAACUAUCCCUUCAAAAAUUCACCGUCUGCUCCUCUGCCAGUGGCUGGUGCCUCUGUAGCUCGAACGUACUGCAGUCAGCGUCCUGAACGGGCUGAGCUCGACCAUCCGUCCAAGUUUCGGUCACACUCGAGUUGAUAUUUUUGAAAGUUGCUGUGUGGAAUGUGUAUCCUAUAUUUGUAUAAAUGUGUACUCGCACUGAUUGUCAACAGUAUGAAAGGGGAUCUCACUGUCAAAGAUGGGUCUUUUCACACUAGACAGAACAUCAAUAUAAAGACACUUUGUUAUGUCUCCUUCAUGCUCUUCACACCACACUAAUUUUCUUAAGUGAUAGCAUUUCCAACAGUGUUUCCUCCAUUUCUCUUCAAUUACGCACAUUGUAUGAACUAUGUACUACAUGAAAAUUUCUACUUUUUGCAUAAAAUGUGUGCUGCUCUGCUUUGGUUGCAUUUUUUGUAAUUCAUAUGAGUCUCUAUUUUAUUUACAUUCUUUUUUUAUUCCCCGCAGUUUUACUUACUUUCUUUUGUAUUCCCCUCAGUUUUACUAUAUUUCCUUUUCUUCCUUCAUUCCUCUCAAUUUCAAUAUCUAUGUUUUCUGCAAUUUGUUUUCAUUCAAGAGUAUACAUGAAACCAAACAACAAACACAAAAAGAGUAAAGAAUAAAACUACAUAUCUGUAUUCAAAAAAGAAACAAUUAUCAUGUUGCUACCAUAUUUAUAAUUUCUCUCUCUUAAUCUGAAGAUUAAUCCUACUUAAUUAUAUCAGUGUGUCAUCAUUAUGUUACAAUCCCGCACACAGAAUAACUGAAGCCUUCUAUACAGCUUUGCCAAUUCGCAACGUCACCACAACCUAUGUUCCAAAAUAUUAUAUAGAUGGAAUAAAAGAGAAAUCAGGGUUUUGUUCUCUUCCUUUUUGCACAUGUAUGAUGUCACACAGCACAAUGUUGUUACAUCAUGGUGCAAAGCCAACAUCCAGUACCAGUAGCUUCAGUUGAUCCCCUUAUGCAAGGGGUCUUCUUUAAAGACAAUGUAAUACUUUCAUUGCAAUGGUGGCUUUUCUAAAACUGCAAAUGCCCACUGCAUCUAGAUUAUUAAAGAUAUAUUCAGUAAAUAAAAAGUUUAUCUAUAAUCCAGAACUCACCCAUUUUAUUGAUUUUGUAUCAAUAUCCGCCAAAUAUACAUAAAUGUUAAUUCUCAGUACAGUCUGCAAAUCUUAGAACUCAAACGGGAGUGUGCUUCAGUAUUGCACCUAUGCAGUUCCGCUCAAACAGAGUAAGUGUUCUUCUUCAUUUUAUUAAACAAGAGAGUGAGGAAAUUCACUUUCACAUCUCUGCCAUGAGACAGUAUGCUGUAAACCCAGUGAUUAAAAUGCUUGUUUUAUGCUAAGAUUUUGUCCAAAUCUAACAGACUACCCGGCGGAGAAUUAUUUUGGCUGUUUCUUCCCAUGUGGUGUGGGAAUAUCGCAGUUUCCCUUAGCCCAUUACCAAACAGUGAAAAUGAGGUUAUGAGAUACCAUCAGUGAUACGUAGUUGGAAUACAGAAUCAGAACUAAGGAACUAGCAGUAAUAAAAUUUAUCAAUGACCAAAGUAAAAAUCAUAAAGAAUGGUCUUGACUGAAGUUGCACUGUACAACUUAACACACAGCUGAGAGAUGGUACAAUAGGGAAAGUGUCAUCCAAACAUUUUAGAAUGUCAGCAUCUGCUUGAUCGAUAUAAGUAUGUACAAACACACUAAACAAUAUUUCCAAGACAAUGUACAGCACAUUUUUACUUUAUCCUCUGUCUUGCUCUUCCCUCCCCAUCCCUCUUUUCUUACCUGCCAAAUCAUGAAAAUCUGAUUUUUCUCCUGACUAGUCCUUUCACUACUGAGAAAAAAAGAGCGUUACAUUUGUCUCAUUAGUCUAUAUUGUAAGCUCUAUUUGUCUGGGUAUUGUUAAAACCUAAAUUAUUUUUCCAUUUCACACUUGUAGGUAAAAAUGUACAAGUUGUCCUUCAACCUUUCACGAAAGCAAUGCAAAUAUUCAAGUAAAUUUUAAAAAGGCAAAAUAUCCACGCUACCAAGAUUCCGCAAAUGUCAAAACUCUUUCCCGCGAAUAGUUGACGGUGACGUUCUGCUUCAUUCCAUUCCAUUCUGUUGGCAUUUCAGUGUUAAUCGACUUAAAACAGGCAGAACAAAUUUAAUGGUUGUACUAGUUUGUAAAGAUUGUAAAAAUUAAAAGCAUAGAGGGAGGAAGAAGUAAUCGAUUCACAGGGAAUUUCCAAAUCACAUUCAGUCUCCACUUCUAGAUUAUUGUAAUAGAUCCUGCAAGGAUCUGAGAGAACAAACAACACACAAUUCCCUCAGAUCCUGAAAGAAUGCUUGCCAUUGUUCUUCAUCUCUGCUGCUACCUACUGGUUUAGACACAGCACAUUUACACAAAAGAAGUCAACAUUACGCCACCACAAGCCACCGUAGGUUGUGUACCAUUGUCACCCCCCCCCCCCCCCCCCCCCCGUCUCCCCCCUUUCAUUCCUGUAGCAAAUGAUGCGCAGGAAGAACAACUUUUUGUAAGCCCCCACCUUAGCUCAGAUCUGUCUAACUUUACCUUCAUGGUCUUUUUGUGAGAUAUACAAACGAGUAAUCAGUAUACAGGUUCAUUUUUCUAUGAAGAUAUUCUUUUGGGUUUUCAAUAGUAAACCACAACACACUUGCACUUCCUGAACAAGCAAGUGGUGAAGGAUGCUGAGCUCUUCUUUGAAUGUUACCUCCCUGCUACAUUAUUUACAAUUGGUAAGAGCUAUAGAGAUGGAUGAGGAGUACUUGUGAAUCGUGAGUUUGAAAAUGGUUCCUCUGCCGAGAAAUGAGUCUGCUCUUCCCCCACCUUUGAUUGACCUGGCCUUACGCCCCAACUGGAACAAAGCAGAAGUGUGUGCAGAAAUUUGAAAACUGUGUGCCAGACUGGGACUCGAACCUGCUGAGCUAUCACAGAACGACUCACAUUCCGCUCUCAAGGCUUUUAUUUUCUCCAGUACCACUUCUCUGACCUCCCUGAACAAGACUGUUCUGGAUACAAUGUGGGGCUGUCACUUCUAGAAGAAAGGAUAGACAAGAGAAGUGGCUAGGCUGCAGCUGAGGCAAUGGCUUCACUCCACUGUGUAAUCAGGAAUUAUACAGAAGCUACUAAUCAUGAGGUGUACAAUUUAAUAUCCAAUCCCAAGUACAAAUUGCAGUGCAUCUUGGCAACUCUGUGAAUGUGUCGCACAGAUUUGUGGUAAAGGAGUUUUCACUGAUGACUCAAGUACAACCAUUAAGUUUGCUGCUGUAGCUCAUAAUUAUUAGGUCAUACUGUACUGGAACAAACUAUCAUAAGGUUUUAUCAACUUCUGCUGACUGCAAUAGAACAACUCUUAAGUACCAAAGUGUUACAUCGAGUACGUGUUGGAUGGCAGUGUGGAAAAUAACUUGUCCAUACUGCAUUUUUCCUACCAUGGAGGAUAUGCAGUUCUCAAAGUUAUUGACUGAGGCCUCUUGCUGUUCUCAGACUUGUGUUUGUAUGAUCCUCGCCUCUCUAGAGUUUACUGAUGUGGUACAAAACUUAUACCCCUUUAAAUAAAGAAUUCUGACUUUCAGCAGUCGAAGGAACUUCAGUUUGUAUUUUUGUCAGUCUGUAUGUAAUUUAAGAAACUAGGAUGACACCUCAUCAAAUAUUAGAGGUGCUAAGUUGUUGUAUGGCUCAUAAAUGAGAGAAAGAACUUUACUAUUAGCUUUAAGAUGAAUCCUCCUCAAGUCCCCUGCCUACUCCACAUUAUACAGCCCCUCAAACAAGUUGUGCUGCUGUGUGCAUGCAAAUGCACGUGUGUGUGUGUGUGUGUGUGUGUGUGUGUGGGCGCGCGCGCGCAAGAGAGAGAGAGAGAGAGAGAGAGAGAGAGAGAGAGAGUGGGGAAUUGCACUUUGGGAUUUGUCUGGAAGCUAGGAAAUUCCUCUCUUUCCUUUAUGUGCCUUUUGACAACUCAGUGUCUCUAAUAUUCAGGUGGUGUUUCCCUUAUUGCUUGAAUUAUUUAUAUUCCCCCCAAGACCUUCCAUUACCAGUUUUGUCAGUCUGGACGGGAAGGGGGGAAUCUUGUACAAAUGUGGGCAUCGUAAAAAUUGCCAUUGCUUUUAUCCACUGUCCAUUGGCGACUGAGUAUAUGGUGAACUAAUUUUAAGAAGUUGGUGGUAGGUCACCUUUCGAUAUUCUAAUAUGUGCUGUGUUUGAACAUAACAGUUCUCAUUUUUUAGUGUUUAUAGUAAAAUGAUUUUUUAAAAAAAAAUCUUAAAGUAAAAGGACAUUGAAUGUGAGCAGAAAGUGGCCUCUGUUUGCCCAGAAAUUUAAAAAAUAAUGAAAGUAAUCUUUUAUACAUAUUGUUGAACACCCGGCCUGUUUGAUCAGCAGUGACCAGUUUUUCCUCCCUUUUGUCUCUGCAACCACUUCUCCCUACAUUUGAUAAUUUGUGUAAAUCGCAGUGGAGAGGUGAGUCUGCUGUGUUGAUGAAACUGUAUUCCAUCAGUCGGCUCUUCCCCUUUGCCCGAGGCUGUACAGUUUUCUGUACACACAAUAUCAGGGAUGUCGGGCACACAAGAAUGGCUACGAGAUGGCGGUGCCAAACUAAGCAGAUGAUAUUGUCUGUAGAAUCACUGUAUAUUAGUAUUUUGUUAUUCUGACUGUAGAGAUUUCAGUUUCAUCUGUACAAAACUGUGUAAGCAGUCACUACCUCUGUCUGAAAAGCACAGGUACUCAGUGCUUUUUAUGCUGCCUGCAGCGUUUGUGGGGGCAGUAGGUUCUCCCAUCCCCCCUUUUGUGCACAUAGUCAUUUGUAAUGCUCCAUAGAGAGCAGUUCAUCAUUUCCACAACAACAAAAGACUUAUUUAAUUUUCUCUCUCUACUGCCAAUACCAGUUACCUUAAUUCAUACUUUUUCUAUAUAUUUUAAUUGUCUGACUGCUUGAUUACUUUGUUAAAUAAAGUACAUAAUCUGACAACA